CGCAUGUGCCCGAUGUGGAAACGCGUAAUUACGCUUUUUGAUCAGCUUUUUGUCAGGGAUCUGUGGCGGUGGUAUUUCAUUACGAUACAGACUGUUUUUUUUUUUAUCCCCCGUGUAGUUCACUUGAUAGGGUGUGUUGUGUUGCCUUUACUCGUUGGAAAGUUGACCAAUCCUGAACACAAAGCGAAAGAUGUCGACGGCCCCUACAAGAAGUUUCCUGCAGGCCCCGGGAGCGGCUCUUUGCUCACUCGAGCUCACUAUCCGACCCCGGCUCGCAGGCGCCAUCGCACCACCUUCAGCCAGGAGCAGCUGGAACACCUGGAGGCUGCGUUCAGCAAGAACCACUACCCUGACAUCUACUGCCGGGAGGAGCUGGCCAAGACCACCAAGCUCAACGAGGCUCGCAUUCAGGUGUGGUUUCAGAACAGAAGAGCUAAACACCGUAAGCACGAGAGAGCCGUGCAGAAGCCCAUGACCCCCGCUGUGAUCUCAGCCUGCAGCAGCCUGAUGUCAGGGUUGUGUCCAGUGAACACGUCAGCGCGCCAGUACCAGUACCCCCACACCAUCAACCACCUCCCACGCUUUUCCUCCAUGGCAGCAGCCAGCUAUGGGCCACCCCCGUCCGUCAGCCAGUUCAGCUGUGCCAGCAGCCACCCUCACCUCCCCCCAGCCGCGGCCCCGCCCAGGCAGCACGAAGACUGGUACAGCCCCCUGCGUGCCAUCAGCUCCCCCACAUCCAUGCUCUCCCUGCCCCCCAUGCCAGGCUUGGACCACUCCUCCCACUGGAAUUAAAACUGGCUUCAACAGAGCCUCCCUCUUCCCUCCCAGCUGAGUUCUGUGAAGCCUCCACUUUUAUGAGCUUAAAAUUCACUGUAAACUUCCACUACUGGUAAAACCAUACUAAAUUGAAUUGCAUUUGUUAACUGGCUUUUUGAUUAUUUAAAGGGAAAUGCAGUGAACCAGUCAGCCUGCCAGUCUUGUGCUUGUGCUACAAUGUAAAUAAAAUAAAGAAAUGCAUCCAUAUAGAGAAAGAGCUUUGCGCUUCCACCUCUUAAAAAUAUAUUUAACGUAAUGGAACAGGGCUUGGAGCAUAGCAUGAACAUACUGUGCAGUCAAGUUGCUUUUGUGCUGUCUCAUUUUUCUGUUGUUCUACAUUCCUGCUGUAGGUUGUUUUGUUUUAAUAAUAUUUUACAUCUGUUGUUUCCCUCGCCUCAGAAACACCAGAUAAGCUCCUUGAUAAAUGAAACACUCAUUUAAAU